CACUACACCCAUACCCCCGUGUUAGGGAAGGACUACCCUCCCGGUACAGGAGGUUAUUGAGCCGCAGGGAAUAUUAUUAAAUGGCUCCACGUAAGGGUAAGGAAAAGAAGGAAGAACAGGUCAUCAGUUUGGGGCCACAAGUGGCUGAAGGAGAAAAUGUUUUUGGUGUUUGUCAUAUCUUCGCAUCUUUCAAUGACACCUUUGUGCAUGUGACUGAUCUGUCCGGCAAAGAAACAAUCUGCCGUGUGACCGGUGGAAUGAAAGUUAAAGCUGACAGAGACGAGUCCUCUCCUUAUGCUGCCAUGUUGGCUGCACAAGACGUUGCCCAGAGAUGCAAAGAGCUGGGUAUCACAGCCCUUCACAUUAAGCUGCGUGCUACUGGUGGAAACAGAACCAAGACCCCUGGUCCAGGUGCCCAGUCUGCCCUCAGAGCUCUGGCUCGUUCUGGUAUGAAAAUCGGCCGUAUUGAGGAUGUGACCCCAAUCCCUUCAGACAGCACCCGCAGAAAGGGCGGUCGUCGUGGUCGUCGUCUGUAGUUUUCCAGCCUUGUCAUUCAGUUGUUAAUAAAAAAAAAUU